CUCGACACUCGAAUGUGAUGCGAAGAGACAAGAGGAACCAGAAACACCAACCCUUACAUGCUCAGAAUGGCUCAACAGCUAACAAAUGAAGAAGGGACCACGUUAAUUCAUUCACAAAGAGUUGCUGGAAAAUCAAGAAGUUCAACGAUAUCUGCAACUUUUAAUUUUAUCAAUUCCAUCAUAGGAUCAGGGACUAUAGGAUUGCCGUACGCGCUGAACCAGGCAGGGCUGCCAUUUGGCCUCCUGCUUUUGACAGCUGUUGGCUUAAUCACAGACUACUCAAUCAUUUUAUUAAUUAAAGGAGGCAACCUCUCCGGGACAAACAGUUAUCAGUCACUGGUGCAAAGCACAUUUGGUUUCUCUGGAUUCUUGAUUUUGUCUGGACUGCAGUUCCUUUAUCCUUUCAUUGCCAUGAUUAGCUACAACAUCACGACUGGUGACACACUGACCAAAGUAUUUCAGAGAAUACCAGGAGUCGGCCCCGAUCACAUACUUGCCGAGCGUCACUUUGUGAUUUUGCUGUCAACCGUUGUGUUCACGCUGCCCCUUUCCCUGCAUCGAAACAUAGAGAGACUUGGGAAGGUGUCCUUACUGUCAAUGGUGCUCACACUUGCGAUCCUCGUCAUUGUAGUCGUCAGAGCAGCUACCUUCGGAGGCCAAAUUCUCCCUACAGAGAACGCAUGGGCUUUUGCAAAGUGGAAUGCAAUUCAAGCUGUUGGUGUCAUGUCUUUUGCCUUUAUAUGCCACCACAACAGCUUUCUCAUCUAUGGCUCUCUGAAGCAGCCCACUCUGGCUAACUGGUCUCAAGUCACUCACGUCUCAGUUGGUUCUUCACUAAUAAUCAGUGCAGUGUUUGCUGUUGCUGGCUAUACCACCUUCACUGGCUACACACAAGGAGACAUUUUUGAGAACUACUGCAGAGAUGAUAACCUGGCAACAGUCGGUCGGUUCUUUUUCGGCCUCAGUAUAAUGACCACAUAUCCACUGGAGUGUUUUGUGACACGAGAAGUGGUAGCCACUGUCAUUUGCAGUCGGGAUCUUUCAAAGUUUGAACACGCGGCCAUAACCGUGCUCAUUGUUGCAGUUUGCACAUCGAUAUCUUUGGUCUACAACUGUCUCGGAGUUGUUUUGGAGCUGAAUGGUGUCCUGAGUGCCACACCUCUGAUCUUCAUCAUUCCAUCAGCGUGCUUCCUCAAGCUCUCUCCUGGCCGCUGGUUCCAGGGUGAAAACUUGAUAUCUACCAUUUUGAUCAUAAUUGGCUUGUUUGUCAUGAUCACUGGGUUGACCAUGACCAGCCUCUACCCUCAAGACUGUACACAUGGUAUAGAUAUGUUCUACUGUGCAGAUGUCAACGUCUCUGGCACGGCAUCACCUGAAUGAAAGGAAAUGUCCUCCUGAUGU